AUGGAUUUUUACAAACGUAGAGCAGUUGAAGACUGGACUUGUGAAAAGCUUAUAGAGUUUUAUCGUGAUACUUUAGGACAAAAGGAUCGGAAAAAAGUGUUAGAUAACAUAAAGAAGGAUCUCAAAAAGGUGAAAGAAAAGAACUCUGACUUCGACACGUCGCGUAAGAGACAGGCUCAAAGAAUCGUUGAUAACUGGAAAGUAUGCUUCUUUCUUAAUAAGAUAGAGAUUUACAAGUUAGGGAAAAGCUGUGACUCCUGGUCUACAGUUAUGAACUCUUCGUUCGAUGCUCAAGCAAGCGCAAGCUGUGACUCUUGGUCCACAGUGAUGAACUCUUCGUUCGACGCUUUCUUUGCUUGUGAUUGGACAAAGAUGAGCGGUGAUACAGGUAUCAAGUUCGAGUUUAACCAGAUACAACAGCAGGUGCUCACGACCGCUAAUACUGUGACUAUCGAUAAUAUCGAUAAUCGUCGUGUAACUGGGAAACAUCUCAGAGAAGAUGAAAUGGAAACAACGGUUGAUGUAACUCCACUGAAGCAUGUGGAAAAGCUUCCUUGUGAAUUUGAAAUUCCUCAAACAAAGAGACCAAGAAAUGUUCCCCCUAUGAACCUGCAACAAGAAGCAAUCGUUGACGCUGAGCUGACAACUAGCGAUAAAUUCCAAGAAACUAAUACCGAAAAAGCAGGAGAGGUAAAUAGUUUGGAUUAUUCUGAUACAAUUUCUACAUCAGACCACAAGAAGGCAAAAACGUUUGAUGUCUCGUUUGACGAGUACGUUGGCUCAGGCGUGAACAUACAAGACAAAAAUGAUGAUAUAGCUGAGUCAAGCGAAGAUCUUGAGGACGAGAACGAUGAAGAGAUAAAAUUUAAUCUUGAUGACAUCUCAAGAGAAUUACAGCGUGAACCAGCGGUUAAAUGGGAGGUCGAUAAUAUUAACGUAACAGACAGAUUUCGAACCUACCAAAAAGAUAUACUUAAGAAGGCGGAACGAGAAGGUUUAGAUUAUAAAAACAUUUAUGAACUUCUAGCAUUAUCUUCAAUCAUUGUUCUCACAUGGCCGAAUCCAUACCCUAAUAUAUUCACAAAACGAGAGUGGGCAGAAGUUAUAAAAACAAGUCCAUAUACUAUUAAAAACUCCCCUCUUUCAAAAGAAAUUUCAACGUCCCUUCAUGAAACAAUUUGCAACAAUUUUAUCGGUGAAGAUGUUUAUAUGAUUGGUGGGAAAACGAAGCUAAGUCGAGAUGUAGCGUGCUCCUUCAAUGAUUUAUAUAAUGGCUUAUCAAUGUCCCCAUCAAAAACAAUGGAAAAAAUAACGGAAGAAGAGCAUUGUUACAUGGUCAAGAAAAAGGCCCGAUCUUCUUGUGUAGUUGACGAUAUCACAAUACUCAACUCGGAAAUUAAACCAUUAAAAUGUACUCCACUCCAGCAGAAAAAAGACACUGUGAAGACACAAUUACGAGCCCGCAAAUCAAUUAAUAUGCAACUACAAAGAAAAGGUGGUCCAGCUGAAGCCGGUAUAUUUUUGAAUAUGGGCGAAUGGAUGGAGACGUUUUUCAUGGAUUUAAAGUAUGACGGGUUAUACCGUUCUUGGUUGUUCCAUAGAACAAAGCUGGUGGUAGAAAAGGCUUCAAUCCCAUUAGCGGAAUUUGCAAUUAGCCAUAUUAUCGCUUUGGAA